CAUGUGACCCAGUGGAGGAGGAGAUUCAGGCUUCAAAACAGCAGCAUCCAGUGGACCAGGACCAGAGACAAGCCCAGACCCAGGACCAGGAUCAGGACCAGCAGAAGACAACAGACCAUUAGACAGUAUGCAGUGUGUACGUUGUCCCGCCAUCUUCGCUCUCGUGGUGUUGGUUCUGUGCAGUCCAGGUGUUUCCUCUCAGCCCGACAGAGACCAGGACCAGUACCAGAACCAAGACCUGGACUUGGAGCUGCGUCAUCACCGGCUGCUGCAAAGAGCUCGCGGCGCAGGACUCCUGUCACAGGAGUGGACUAAACGUGCGGUUGAGGACCUGCUGGCUCAGAUGUCUCUGCCUGAGGGCGAAGCCCAAAGGGAAUCUGAGGUGGUUUCCACGGCAACAGGAGGAAGGAUGAACCUGGAGCGGUCCGUUGACGCCCCCAACAACCUGCCCCCCCGUGAACGCAAAGCCGGGUGCAAGAACUUCUACUGGAAAGGCUUCACUUCCUGUUAAUGCCCCGCCCAGACUGAGGCCCACCCCCAUUCACUGGACCAAGCAUCCAAUCCCAGAUAACCUGACCUUCACCUGAGCGACUGGACGGACCAAUCAGCAGCUGUCUAGCUGCAGUAUACCUGAAUAAUUAAUGUAAUUAAUAAGUAAAGAGAGAAAUCAAA